AUGCACUCUAAUAUCCACACCAAUCACUCUCAAGGUGUUGAUCAUAAGGGUGUUGCAAAUCGUCGUGAUGAUAAAUCAAAUAGUAGUGAAUCUAAUGACUCAUCUCCUCAUACAAACACAGACCACAAUGGUAUUAAAAAAAAGAAGAGUAAAAAAGUGGCUUGUGUUGCUUGUCAUAAAGCACAUGCAAGAUGUGAUAGAUCUUGUGGUGAACAAAGGUCUUGCUCUAGAUGCAUCAAGAAUGGAAUUCAAUGUGUUGAACAAAUUAAACGAAAGACCACAAGAGAAGAAAGAUUGAAAACAUUGCAAGAGCAAAGAAAAAACUCACUCAACAUGAAAAUUCUUCCUCGAACAUGUAAUUCCAACACAAAUACCAAUCAGUCAACUUGUUCAUCAUCCACUAGCACAUCUCCUCACACACGAAUUUCACCAUCCACUCCUUCACAAUUGUAUUCGGGUAACAAUCCUUUCAACAAUGUUUCCUCUCCUUCAAUUUCCUCAGCCUGCUCUCAAAGUUCUACCUCUUCAACAAACAGUGAAAUGAGUCACAACUCUACUUCCUCAAAUUCCUCACAAUCCACUGUCAACUCUGGUUAUUUAAUGUUUCAACAAGUGAAAUCACCAGGUUUGAACAAUUCACAACUCAUCUCAUUUGGUCAAACCAUUCCCUCUUCACAAAUAUCCUUUCAAAACUGUUCCCCUCAAACUACCUUUACAAAGGUUAGCGGUGAAAAUAAUUCCUCUACUCAACCAAAUCCAUCUUUUCAUAAUCCAUUUAUGCAACAGAUAGUGGCCAUGAGAAACACUUCACCAUACAUCCCGCUUAAUGCUGUCGCUCCAUUCAAUUCACACAACAGUGGAAACAAGUUUCCAACUCAGUCAACACCAUUUGGAUUGAGUUUCAAUUCACCAGAAUUUCAACCAGUCUUGCCACCUCAACCCUCUUUUUUCACAACUCCAGUAGUUCACCAAAACGUGUAUCCAAAUAUUCACUCAAUUGGAUUACAUGAAAAUAGACACCAAACACCACCUCCAUCAUCUUCUGUAAAUAAUAAUGAUAAUAAUUAUUUGGAAGCCGAUAAUCAGUCAACGUAUACUAGUAGAAUUUUCCCUUCAUCUUCUAGGAGUGCUCAAAUUUCUGAAAUGUUGGAUUCUUAUUCAUUACCAAAUCCUGAUGAUUUGGAACAAUUAUUUUCCUCUCUCGAAAAUGCAAGAAAUGUGUAAAUACUUCUUCCUUCAUACUUUCUUCAUAUUGUAAAUAUUAUUGAGAAUUUUGGAUUGAGAUUAAUAAAACCAUUUAACAAUUUUGG